UCUCGCGAGAGUUCUCGCGGGACCUGCGCUCUGGUGUUUCCGGUAACCUGCCGAGAGCAGCUGGGCCAAAGCUCUCCGCGCCCUCCUCGUCCUCAUCCUCAUCCUGAUCCUCAGCCUCUUCUCCCGGGACAUUCCGCUCACCGGGACCGGCUUCACUCGCCACGGAGUUCGGGAACUCAUUUUUCCGUCGUAUGAUCGCUGACGGACGCUUUAAACCUCAGCAGAGACACAGAGCGAUGCUAGCAGGCUAACCGCGAAAAACCAAAACAAUGUGUUUAUUUAUUACUCCCGUUUCAUUUAUACUCCUUUUAUAACGUGAACGCGCCUUUUUAUGUGUGUUAGUGACAGUAGCACGUGUUUUUAUAGGUUACAUGUGAUUUCAGAGUUUGUUAUCUCUGUAUAAUAUAAGAGUCCGUGUCACUUUAGUGUGAAUUAGAGUGAAUGUCAGUCAGUAGGGACAUCCAUGUGCUCCUAGUGCUUUAAUAUAAUAAUGAUCAGAUCUGGAUAGUGAACAGGCUGAUCUAGGAACUUUAUCAGCUCGAUGACAAGCUGUAAAUCAGAGUUAUUGUACAGUAAAGCUCAGUCUGAGCUCGCCUUACACUAAAGGUCCCAUCAGCUUAUUAAAAAUCAGACAUGGCUCCGAAAAAGAGACCGGAGCCCAUAGUUAUCACCGGAACCGGAGAAGCACAGACGACCUCUACAUCCAUCGACGCUGCGUCAGAAGCGAAUCUCGAGGCCCUGCAGAAGAAGCUGGAAGAGCUGGAUUUGGAUGAGCAGCAGAAGAAACGCCUGGAAGCUUUCCUCACGCAGAAAGCCAAUCUGGGCGAACUCAAAGAUGACGAUUUUCAUCAUAUCUGUGAGCUGGGAGCUGGGAACGGAGGUGUGGUUAAUAAAGUGUGCCACAAACCCUCUGGCCUCGUAAUGGCCCGGAAGUUGAUUCAUCUGGAGAUCAAGCCAGCCGUCAGACAUCAGAUCAUCAGGGAGCUGCAGGUCCUGCACGAGUGUAACUCUCCAUACAUCGUGGGUUUCUACGGGGCGUUUUACAGCGACGGGGAGAUUAGCAUCUGUAUGGAGAACAUGGACGGAGGCUCUUUGGAUCAGGUUCUGAAAGAGGCUCGCAGGAUCCCAGAGGAGAUCUUGGGAAAAGUCAGCAUAGCUGUUUUAAGAGGACUGGCUUACCUUCGAGAAAAGCACCAGAUUAUUCACAGAGAUGUGAAACCUUCCAAUAUUCUGGUCAAUUCCCGCGGAGAGAUCAAACUGUGUGACUUCGGCGUGAGCGGGCAGCUCAUCGACUCCAUGGCCAACUCUUUUGUAGGAACACGCUCGUACAUGUCGCCGGAGAGGUUGCAGGGCACUCAUUACUCGGUGCAGUCAGACGUGUGGAGUAUGGGUCUCUCUCUGGUGGAGCUGGCCAUCGGCCGCUAUCCCAUUCCUCCACCCGACGCUAAGGAGCUGGAGGGCAUCUUCGGCAGGGCAGUGAUGGAUGUUGGGCAGGCGGAGACACACAGUACGUCUGCUCGACCCAGACCCCCCGGCAGACCCGUCAGCGGUCAGGGGCCCGUCAUGGCUAUAUUUGAGCUGCUGGAUUAUAUAGUCAAUGAGCCGCCUCCUAAACUCCCUCACGGCGUCUUCACUCCUGAUUUCCAGGACUUUGUGACCAAAUGUCUGAUUAAAAACCCUGCGGAUCGAGCGGACCUGAAGAUGCUGACGAAUCACACCUUUAUUAAGCGCUCGGAGGUGGAGGAGGUGGACUUCGCUGGAUGGUUGUGUAAAAUGGUGGGGCUCAAUCAGCCCAGCACACCCACCCGUUUAAAGCCUACAUGACACACACACACACACACACACACACCCCUGACGGUCACAUGACCCACAAAUCAACUACACAAUACAAACGUUUACAGCCUCUCUGAUGGAGCUCCUGCAAAGCUGCUUGUUUUACACUUUCUUCCGUACACCUGGAGAAUCUCACAAGAGCCGUCAAGAACAUGAACAUGUCACGCUCAAAACAGAGAAGUGUGUCAUACAUCUAUUUUACUAAAAGAACAUUAAGCCUGUUUUUAGGAUUUUUUUGUAUCGUGAUUUUUUUUUUUUUUUUUUU